GCCAGGUCCAAUCUAUGAACAUUUUUGUUUCAUUAAUAGAUACUGGGCUCCAAUCGUAUCGGCAUACGAUCUUUUUCCCGGUAAAGCCAGAGACUAAUGAUGUUUCCCCUGCUUGCAAUUGCAAUCUUUGGCCUGAUCAGCACCAGCGUAUCCCAACCUACCUAUAACAGUCAUGCUUGUUUAGGAUCAUCAAAUAUCACUGCCAGCAAUCAGUUUCAAUCGAAUCUCUCAUCUCUCUUGGAUUCUUUAUCUUCCAGAUCCUCCACGAACAGUUUUUAUCAAGAUUCAUCGAAUGGAAUCUACAGCCUCUACCUCUGCCGUGGUGAUGUUCCACAGACUACUUGUCAAACCUGCGUUGCAAAUGCUAGCCAACAAAUUAUCCAGAACUGCCAAUUCAAUCAAAGUGCAAUCAUAUGGUACGACGAGUGCAUCCUUCGUUACUCCACUGAUGACUUCUUCGGGGUGGUACAGACGUAUCCAAGGGUGCUCAUGUGGAAUGUGCAGAAUACUACUUCACCUGAUGAGCCUAAUGUUGGCGCAUUAGCUUUGAUAUACAACUUAGUAGAUAGCGUUCCAUACACGGGGACAAUGUUCGGGGCAAAUGAAUCAGCAGGCAAUAAUGGAUCUCAGCCUAGGUACGGCUUGGUGCAGUGUAGUAGAGAUCUCAACAGUAGUGCUUGUAGCUCAUGUCUUGCACAGUUGACUGAUGCUAGCAACCAAUGUUGUCGAGGGAAGGUAGGGUGGCGUAUCUUGGCACCAAGCUGCAAUUUAAGGUACGAGGAAUAUAAAUUUUAUCAGCAACCAUCAACUCCUGUUGGACCAACACCUUCUGUGCCAGACUCUGGAAAUGGAAAUGGAGGAAGGAACACAACAAUGAUCGUAACGAUCACGGUUGCAUCAUUUGCAGUAGUUGUAGGCCUCUUGGGUUUAUGGUAUUAUCUUUCCUACAGAAGGAACAGACGAAGACUCAAAGAUGGGGAAAGAAGCCAGGAAAUUCUGUUACCAAAUUAUCAGGGCUCAAAUCAGCCACACUUUACAAAGGAAGAUAUGCAGCCAAUAGAUCAAGAAAACAGCCCAGAAAUGCGUUACUUCAAUCUGACAACUAUAAGGGCUGCCACAAACAAUUUCUCCGAGGAAAAUAAGCUAGGAGAAGGAGGUUUUGGACCAGUUUACAAGGGUAAGCUUUUAAAUGGAGAUAAAAUAGCAGUUAAAAGGCUUUCAAUGAAAUCAAGUCAAGGAAUUGAAGAGUUCAAGAAUGAAGUGAUGUUAAUUGCCAGACUUCAACACAGAAAUCUUGUGAGACUUUUGGGAUACUGCUUGGAGGGAGACGAAAAGCUUCUCGUCUACGAAUACAUGGCCAAUACAAGCCUUGAUGCCUUUCUAUUUGAUCCAAAAAGACGUAAAGAAUUAGAUUGGGCUAAACGAGCAAACAUCAUAAGCGGAACUGCCAAAGGCCUUCAGUAUCUCCACGAGGACUCCCGCCUCAAAAUCAUUCAUAGGGAUAUGAAGGCGAGCAAUGUGUUGUUGGAUGAUGAGUUGAACGCAAAGAUAUCAGAUUUUGGCACAGCUAGGAUUUUCGGAGGCAAUCAAAUUGAAGCUAACACCAAAAGAGUCGUAGGAACCUAUGGAUACAUGGCACCGGAGUAUGCAAUGGAGGGAUUAUUUUCAGUAAAGUCGGAUGUUUACAGCUUUGGAAUACUGAUGUUAGAAAUCAUUAGUGGUCAAAAGAACAGAGGAUUUUACCAAUUAGAGAAUUCACAAGGCCUUCUAUCAUAUGCAUGGAAGUUAUGGAUUGAAGGAAAAGGCUUGGAAUUGAUAGAUCCGGAUAUAGUCAGCACUUUUCCAAUAAGCGAUGCUUUGAGAUGGAUCAACAUUGCAUUACUAUGUGUACAGGAUGAUCCUGCUGAUAGGCCCACAAUGUCAAAUGUUGCUCUCAUGCUCGGAAGCAAUUCAGUAACCCUUCCCAAACCAUUGGCACCUCCACACCAUGCGGGUAGGUUUAUGAUCAUGUCCGAUCAAUCUUCGACGAAAGAGCUAGGAACAGGUUCUCAGUCAUCGGAACAAUCUUCAACUACUGUUCCCAGAUAGUAAAGAGAUUUCUUGGAUCAUUUUGGAUCAUUUGAG